ACGACCGGACCUGCAAGGCUGCAACAUGCGCCCGCCACUGUUUGCUGCGUUUCAGCCCCUCAGCUCACCUGGCAAGUCACUCGGCUCAAUUUUAAUGCGCUCACUCCUCUCUUUCUGUCUGUUUUGCACUCCACAUCAGGCUGGCAGCCGAGCGGGUCAACGGGGACAAUAUGGUGAGUGGAUCAUAACUGCGCCCGUCCCCGCGCACGGAGCAAUGGACUGCAGUUUUACUUGAAGAGACACAUGGAGAACCCAGCCAAGUAUCUCUCAUCGGUGCAGGGGAUUGACUCUGUACCGGCACCCCUCGGAGAGAUUAUGUGGAACAGCACCGAAACGGAGGCAACUAACGACGGGAAGAAGGAUAUGGUCGUGCGUACGGUGACGGGCUGUCUGCUGUCCCUGCUCAUCCUGUGGACCUUGCUGGGGAACAUCCUGGUUUGCGCCGCGGUGCUGCGCUUUCGGCACCUGCGGACCAAAGUCACCAACAUUUUCAUCGUCUCCCUGGCUCUAUCGGAUUUAUUCGUGGCCAUCCUGGUGAUGCCCUGGAAAGCUGUGGCAGAGGUGGCGGGGUAUUGGCCGUUUGGAACUUUCUGUAACGUCUGGGUCGCCUUUGACAUUAUGUGCUCCACCGCCUCCAUCCUCAACCUCUGUAUUAUCAGCGUGGAUAGAUACUGGGCCAUCUCAAGCCCCUUCCGCUACGAGAGGAAAAUGACCCAGCGAGUUGCCUUUGUAAUGAUUAGCAUCACUUGGACGUUGUCUGUGCUCAUUUCAUUCAUACCGGUCCAGCUAAACUGGCACAAAGCCAGCGAUGACGAAAUGGCUGGGACGCACAACUCUUCCACGAGUCGGCAGAUGGAGGAAAACUGCGACUCCAGCCUGAGCAGAGAGUAUGCUAUAUCUUCUUCUCUGAUAAGUUUCUACAUUCCCGUGGCAAUUAUGAUUGUGACUUACACCAGAAUAUAUCGGAUUGCACAAAUACAAAUUAGAAGGAUUGCCUCCCUGGAGAGAGCGGCAGAACACGCGCAAAGUUGCAGGACCAACAGAAUAGAGUGCCAACACCACAACACGUUGAAAACGUCGAUCAAACGGGAAACCAAAGUAUUCAAAACUCUUUCGGUGAUUAUGGGUGUCUUUGUUUGUUGCUGGUUACCUUUCUUCGUCCUAAACUGUAUGGUCCCGUUCUGCGACAGACCGUCCACAGACCGGGACGCAGGUCUGCCAUGCGUCAGCGAGACGACUUUCGACGUCUUCGUGUGGUUCGGCUGGACCAACUCCUCCAUGAACCCCAUAAUUUACGCCUUCAACGCCGAGUUCAGGAAGGCCUUCGCCAGCCUCUUGGGCUGUCGUAAUUUCUGCUCCAACACACCCGUGGAAACUGUUAACAUCAGCAACGAGCUGGUUUCAUAUAACCAAGACACCCUCAUCCACAAGGAAAUCGCGAACGCCUAUGUCAACAUGAUCCCCAACGUGGUUGAAUGUAUUGAGCAGGAAGAGACUUUUGACAGGAUUUCACAGUUUUCUCACAACAAUGAAAACGCCACCGACUCGGUUUGUGACUUGGAGGACUGCGAGGCAGAUAUCAGUCUCGAUAGGAUGUCACCGUUCACACCCAAUGGAUUACACUGACUCCACCUUUGUGUCUCCCCGUGCGUAAUUGGAUGUAUUGCUAAUAAUGUCAUAGUUCAUUUCAGUUCCUUUGUACCAGAAGUUCCCUACCACAGGGAGCCACAGGUCAGGGUGUACUGAGCUCCUGAACAGCGCCCCUUGCAGCUGGGGAGGGAUCAAGUGACUUGCUCAUGGACACUUCAGCAGGGCGCAUGUCUCUGUAGCCACCGGGCCACCCUGCCGCCGCUUUGCGUCAUAUAUGAGAUGUGAUGUUGUUGUCCUGUUCUGAAAAAAAGUGAUGUGUAGGUGUUUAUUUACAUGACAAGUGAAGUCUGUGUUAAUUUGUUCAAAGGUUCAGUGUAGUUCAAGCUGUUGUUUACUGGAAGGCUUCACUAGGAGCGUCCUUGUCUCA